CCGUGCUCGGUGCCCUCUACGACCUGGGUGGGUGAGCAGCGCCGCGCCGUGAGCUGCCGGCGGGUCAGGGGAUGCUGGGCUGAUGCUGGCGGCGCUACGGCCUUCCCUGGGGCAUGGUGAGGCAUCUGGUGUCCGGGAUGGUGGGAAGCACAGGGAGGCGAGCGCACGGGCAGCCGCAGCAGAGGAGGAGAGCCGAGGAGCGCAGGCAGCUGCGGGCAGUGCCGGCGGAGCGGCGGGCGGGCGGCGCGGGGCCCGAGACUUCUUCGGCGAGCUGCGGGCCGAGCUGGGCGCUGCCGCUGCCCCUGCCCCUGCCCCUACCGCGCCGCCCUCAGCCGCGCCGCCGACUGUGGAGGUCGUCGUGUUCCGCGGGAGAAAGAGGAAGGAGCGGCCUAACCCCUCUGCAGGACCCUCCGACGGUGCCAAGGCCAAAGUAGUGGAUGAAGGAAAAAAUGUGAAUGAACAAGAGUUUAACUUCGAAAAAGCUCGUCUGGAAGUGCACAAGUUUGGAAUCACUGGCUACAAGAAGCAGGAACAGCGUGUAUGGGAACAGGAGCGUGCUAUCAUGCUGGGAGCCAAGCCCCCUAAAAAAGAACAUGUGAACUACAAGACUUACCAAGAGAAAAUGAAAGAGAAAAAAACUGCAAAGGAUGAUGAUAAAGGAAAGGAGCAUAAAGGUGAUUCUAUGAAGAAGAAGAAGAAGAAAGAACAGAAGGAGAGGAAAGUCAAAAGGAAGAAAUCAGUGCCUAGCAUUUGGCACGCAGGACAAGUUGGAAAAUUCAGAGAUGGAACCUUGAUUCUGCAAAGGAAUGACAUAAAGAAAAUUAAAUCAUCUAGAGUUAUCAAAUAAACUUAUGGUACAGUGAAAUGGACAAUAUGAAUAAGAUAGAACUUGUGUUGCUACCAACACAGGCUGAUGGGGCUUCUUUCCUUCCCACCCCAUUCUGAUUUUUUAUAUGCUAUUUGUUGUUGCAAGAUUUUCUGUGUUCCCAUUUUUUUCUUGGGAAGAAUGUAAGUAUUUAACAUUUUACAAAUAAAAUUAGAUUUUUUUAUUAAGAA